AUGGUUUCGGGUUUCGGGUUAUUUGAAAUGUCCAGAGUUUUCAUCAGCUUGUUGGGCUUUCAAAUGGAUAUGCUAUACAUAAAUUGCGUUUGUGUCUUAAAGGCCUGUUUCAAAGAAAUCAACGAUAAUCUGGAGAAUAUGCUGGAGCUCGUGAUAAAUAAUAUUCCUAGAUGGACCUAUAAUGAGCAGAGACAUCCGUUCUUGCUGAAAAAAAUUAAGACUUUAAAAAAACAGCAUCUGAUGAUAAGUGACACAGUGAAGAUGCUUAACAUGAUUUUCAGUCUGCAUCUUCUCGCUACCAUAGCUUUAUUCUUCAAGCACAUAAUAUUCUACGUGUAUUUCGAUGUAAUACAAUGGCAAAAUGGGAUAUCCUUGAAUCGAGACAGGAUUUAUAAUAUAUAUUUCAUAUCAUUCUUAAUAUAUUACUUUAUAAGAUUGACAUUAAUAGUGUGGGCUUGCGAAACUGGCAAAAAUGAAGCGACAAAAAUUGGCACUACCAUUCACGAUGUGCGUAACAGUAUCAGCGAUGUGCAAAUCAAGGAUGAGUUAACUUUGUUCUCCUUGCAAAUAUUGCAUUACAAUAAUACAUUCUCAACGAAAGGUCUCACUGUAGAUGCAACAUUGUUCACAGUGAUGGUGAAUAAUGUUUCAACAUAUUUAUUGAUCUUAAUACAAUUUUUGAUCAUAACGCAUUCAUGCGACAUUUUCAUCAGCUUGUUGGGCUUUCAAAUGGAUAUGCUAUACAUAAAUUGCGUUUGUGUCUUAAAGGCCUGUUUCAAAGAAAUCAACGAUAAUCUGGAGAAUAUGCUGGAGCUCGUGAUAAAUAAUAUUCCUAGAUGGACCUAUAAUGAGCAGAGACAUCCGUUCUUGCUGAAAAAAAUUAAGACUUUAAAAAAACAGCAUCUGAUGAUAAGUGACACAGUGAAGAUGCUUAACAUGAUUUUCAGUCUGCAUCUUCUCGCUACCAUAGCUUUAUUCUUCAAGCACAUAAUAUUCUACGUGUAUUUCGAUGUAAUACAAUGGCAAAACGGGAUAUCCAUAAAUCAAGACAGGAUUUAUAAUUCAUAUUUCAUAUCAGUCGUAAUAUAUUACUUUACAAGAUUCGCAUUGAUAGUGUGGGCUUGCGAAACUGGCAAAAAUGAAGCGAUAAAAAUUGGUACUACCAUUCACGAUAUACUUAACAGUAUCAGAGAUGUGCAAAUCAAAGAUGAGGUAGUAAAGAAGAAUUUCUCAUUAAUUUAA